AUGCGAUCCAAGUUCAAGGACGAGCACCCCUUUGAGAAGCGUAAGGCUGAGGCCGAGCGUAUCCGCCAGAAGUAUUCUGACCGUAUUCCCGUUAUCUGCGAGAAGGUCGAGAAGUCUGAUAUCGCUACUAUUGAUAAGAAGAAGUACCUCGUCCCCGCCGACCUGACGGUUGGUCAGUUCGUCUAUGUCAUCCGCAAGCGCAUCAAGCUCUCCCCGGAGAAGGCCAUCUUCAUCUUCGUCGAUGAGGUGCUGCCGCCUACCGCAGCUCUCAUGAGCAGCAUUUACGAGGAGCACAAGGACGAGGACGGAUUCCUUUACAUCACCUACUCCGGCGAGAACACCUUUGGCGACUUUGAGAUGGCUUAA